AUGGCUGAGGGAUUUUGCGAGGACUACUUGGAUUGUAUGCAACGUUUAGAAGCUAAACAGAACGAUUGUCUAAUGACGGAAAGAAACAUACAGAUGAGUAGCUCUGAUCGUUGCGCGCGAAAAAAAUGGGACGUUAAAAUGGCGCUGAAUGGUCUUCAUCUCCGAAGAGCAGAACUAGCAAGGGAUUGCGUACAAAAGAACAUUCAAGAUGCAACAAUAUCGGAAUCUACGCUUAAUGAGGAGGAGAAUUGCUUGAGCGAUCUAAAGUAUGAUCGCCAGUUUGGUGAAUAG